GAGCCCGGAGCGCAGUGCGCAGAGGAGAGCAGAGCCGAGAGGAGCUCAGCAAGUGUUAGGGUCAAUAUUUAUAGACCACUACGUUCCCGGAGCAGCCUCCAAGAGAGGGCCAGGGCCAGGGCCAGGGCAGGCAGGCAGGCAAGGAGAAAAAGCCUUCGGUGCAGGGGAGGCCACUUGGACUUUGGAUUACCACAGCUGAAAAAAAAAAUGUCUUUUUGACUAUGAGGUUCAAGCUUUCCCUGCUGAAUCAUAACAGUUUGGCACUGAGCUAUGACAAGGGAGGAAAAAAAAAGGCUAAAAAAGCAAGUCUGCCUUGAGUCAGAAGGCUCGCUGGCAGGCUAGCCUAGCCGGCAGGAAGAUCUGAGGAGUGGCAGCAGCCAAGGAGGAUCAGUGAAAACAGGCAAGGCAGCCAACGGGCGGGCAGCUUGGCCGGCAAGGAAGCAGGACCCCUGCUCUUCUGCUGCGAUGGGGUGGCUGGAAGACCCAACCUGGCAGCUUCACAUUCACUUUUCUUUGCUCGUUCUACUAUCCAUGCACACAAGGGCUAAUUUCCUUGACAAUAUGCUUUUGCGAAGUUCGGGAAAGUUGAAUGUGGACAGCAAGAAGGAAGACGGUGUGAUCACAGCCCCCACCCCUCGGCCAAAGGUCUUGCAAUGCAAAUGCCACCAUCACUGUCCUGAAGACUCCGUCAACAAUAUUUGCAGCACAGAUGGCUACUGUUUCACUAUGAUAGAAGAAGAUGAUUCUGGGAUGCCUGUGGUCACUUCGGGAUGUCUAGGAUUAGAGGGCUCAGAUUUUCAGUGUCGGGACACUCCUAUUCCUCACCAAAGGAGGUCAAUUGAAUGUUGCACAGAACGGAAUGAAUGCAAUAAAGACCUUCAUCCUACACUUCCUCCAUUGAAAAAUCGAGAAUUUGUUGAUGGAUCCAUACACCAUAAGGCCAUAUUGAUAUCUGUGACAGUCUGUAGCUUCCUUCUGAUCCUUAUAAUACUAUUCUGUUAUUUCAGGUAUAAAAGACAAGAAGCUAGACCUCGUUACAGCAUCGGACUGGAACAGGAUGAGACUUACAUCCCUCCAGGGGAAUCCUUGAAAGAUUUAAUUGAACAAUCUCAGAGCUCAGGAAGUGGAUCAGGGCUCCCUCUGCUGGUCCAAAGGACUAUAGCUAAGCAGAUUCAGAUGGUCAAACAGAUUGGAAAAGGUCGCUAUGGGGAAGUUUGGAUGGGAAAGUGGCGCGGUGAAAAGGUAGCUGUGAAAGUGUUCUUCACCACUGAGGAAGCCAGCUGGUUCAGAGAGACGGAAAUAUAUCAGACAGUCUUGAUGAGGCAUGAAAAUAUUUUGGGAUUUAUUGCUGCAGAUAUCAAAGGCACAGGAUCCUGGACCCAACUCUACCUAAUCACAGACUACCAUGAGAAUGGGUCCUUGUAUGAUUAUCUGAAGUCCACUACCCUAGAUACGAAAGCAAUGUUAAAGUUGGCCUAUUCUUCAGUCAGUGGCCUAUGCCACUUACAUACAGAGAUCUUUAGCACUCAAGGAAAACCAGCAAUUGCACAUCGUGAUCUGAAAAGUAAGAACAUCCUGGUGAAGAAAAAUGGAGCAUGCUGUAUAGCUGAUCUGGGAUUGGCAGUUAAGUUUAUUAGUGACACCAAUGAAGUAGACAUCCCACCCAACACUCGAGUUGGCACCAAACGUUACAUGCCACCCGAGGUGCUAGAUGAGAGUUUGAAUCGGAACCACUUCCAGUCCUACAUCAUGGCAGAUAUGUACAGUUUUGGCCUUAUUUUGUGGGAAAUCGCCCGGAGAUGUGUAUCUGGUGGAAUAGUAGAAGAAUACCAGCUUCCCUACCAUGACCUGGUACCCAGUGACCCCUCCUAUGAAGAUAUGAGGGAGAUCGUAUGCAUCAAAAAACUUCGUCCCUCCUUUCCCAACAGGUGGAGUAGUGAUGAGUGUCUACGGCAGAUGGGGAAACUCAUGACAGAAUGCUGGGCCCACAAUCCUGCAUCCCGUCUCACAGCCCUUCGGGUUAAGAAAACACUUGCCAAAAUGUCAGAGUCACAGGACAUUAAACUCUGAUUGAACGGAGAAAGUAAACAUCUGGAGAUGGCCAACACGUAUUUUUCCUUUUUUGGCAAAGCAGAAGAUGUUAAAGAUGUUUCCAUAGUACCAAUCUUGAAUGACAUCCUGCUCCUGAGCAGGAUCAGGCCACUUGCUCUCAGGGAAAACCCUGGACAAAGAGUGACAUUGCCAAUCACAGGCUCGAGGGGCCUGGUUGCAGGAAGGGAAGACCACUUGGGUACCUGAUGCAAAAAUGAUACAUGUUGCUUUCUGUGAAAGCCUUGUAUUUGGGGAUUUUUUUAAGACAAAAAAUUCUUUAAUUUUUUUUCAAAAUAAAACACAAUGUAAACGCAUAUGAUGUUGCAGUCAAAACAAAAUACAAAGGACAGCUACCCAAAAAUGGUGCCUGAAGGGAAAAACAGAAUCACUUUCUUUUUCAUUUGUGAGAAUAUGGCAUUCCAAGCAAACCUAAAGAGAGUCCAUGAUGUUUGAGAAGUUGUAAUAUAUCUUAAAAGGCACCUGUCUCCUGCCUCCAAAGACCACAUUGCCUAGCACCAGAUGUGGGAGUUGCGCUUGCUGAGGUCAGUGUCCCUGCUAGCAUAACUAGCAGCCAGCUGAUGACUGACCACAAUUUCAGCUAUCUACAGGUGGUCUUUGGCAGUUUCACAGAAUGUGAAACCAUUGUACCAGUCAAUGCAGUUUGUAGGAAUUGAGGCAAAGUAAGUAAAUGGCAUUGUUAUUGUUCAGAAACUCCUCACACUUUUGAUUCUGUUACACAGUUACUAAGAAAAGCACCCCUUUUCAUUGAACCCAAACAAAGAUUUUUUUCUUCUUUUUUUAAAAUUUUCAUUGUGAAAGUGACUGAAGACUUCAGCACAGAGUUACUCCUCCCUGCAGGGAAGAGCAACAGUAAGUGGAACUACCAUCCUUUGGGAUGAAGAGAAGGUGCAUUGGAAGGAAGAUUUUCCUUUGUUGUUGAGUAGGCAAAGCAAGUAUGCUGUUUCUUUAUAUGUGUAUAAGAGCCAAACCUAGAAGCAUAAGAAUAAGCAUCUCACAUGGUGUAUUUCUUAUCAAUAAGGGGAGGGGAUGGCCAGGGAGGAAUUUGUGGGAUUAAAUUCAUGGAAUUCCAACUAGAAAUAUAAAAAUACAGCCUUCCAAAGGGACAACAGGGAACUUAGGAAUGCCCCCAAAUAUGAUGGCUGCUGGGAUUUUUUCCCUUGGUGCAAGUAUAUUGUUUCCACAUCCCAGGGGAUAUUAUAGUUAUUGACUUCACAUAUGGAAUGUUGACCUGGUUUAUUUUAUUUUAAUUAUUCUAAUCUUUUGGGAUGAGGUUCACUUUUUAAUUUAUUUCUUCCGAAGGCAUUUGUCCAUUUACAAAUUGUCUCCUCUACUUCGGGGUUUUUAGCUUUUGAGUUCCAUGGAUAAUAUCAUUAUUAGAGCCAGUACUCUUCAGAAAAAACCAGUAGAGCUUUGUAAAAUUAAGUUUUAGCCAUCCUCCUCAAGUCAUCAGAAUUCUCUAUUUCCACGAUUUUCUUAGAAGGAGAAUAAUUGAGAGACAGGGUAAAUUCCUAGGGUUUUAGCCAUCUUUUAAGAGAGCCACCAGGGGGCAGUGUGAUGUCAUGCUUUUUUGCUAUAGAGUUAUUCGCCAGGGACUUCACAGAGACAAAAGAUUGCUGAAAACUCGACGACUGCUUAAAAAAUCAAAGAGAAUUUUUUUUUCCCUGCAGCUGAUGAUUUGUUUCUUUCAGAAAAUAAAUCCUCCAAAAGAAGCUGUGCGGUCUGCUUACAUGCUGGUGGCAUUGCACUAUGUUCAAUAUUUCGUAAUUCAUUGUUCUGUGCCUUCCAUCCAGAUUUUAUCACAGCUGGAAAGAAGUACUUCUUUUUGCUGCUGAUGCUUUUCUACCUUUUUUUUUUUAAGAGGCAGUUGUGGAUAGUUUGGUUUUGAAUAAAAGAUCUAAAUGCUGCUUUAGUCAUAACUAAAAUAAACUCAGUAGAAACUAAAAUGCCAGAUGUUAGCAUAAGAUAAAUUUGCUUUUCCUUUUUUUUUUUUGUGAAAGUAUUCUGUUCAUUGCAUCAGAAUAGGUUAAAAUAUGUCUAAUUUGCAGAGAACCUUUAUAUGUGAAGGCCAAGUUGUUCGGAAACAAGUGUGUUGGUUGCUACAGUCAAACAGUGAAGUAUUUGUAAAGGGGCUUUCUGGCCACAGCACAUUAAUUACUCAGGUCUUUCCCAAAUUAAACUUGUUAUUUCUCUGAAGAAAUGUCCCUUAUGUCCUUCCUGAUCAACCCUUUAGUCACCUUAGAAUUGUAGCCAGAAUAAUUUCUCUCAAAUAAAAACUCAAACUCACUUUCACAUCACUUGAAUCCUCUGAAAUCAUGAGUCAUUUGAAGUAUUGAAGAAAUUGAAAAGUGAAUUUAGAUGUUUAUCCCAGAGUUGCUAAUAAAAAUAGCAAUAGGGAAUAAUUAAUUACUGCCCUCAAAUUGUAUGUAUUAUUUACUCUGUUGAAUUAAGACCUUUUUAAUCACCAAUCUCAAUCACUAUAGAAAUUUGAAGAUAUUAGUUAGAUACUAAAGAAAAGACUGAUUAGAGCUUACCUUAUGUAAAACUUUAUAAUAGUUUAUCAAUAAUUCUUUCCCUUUGUUACAGAAACAACAUUUUUACAGCAAUUGUUUUUAAAAAUCAAACUACUUGCAAAACACCAUAAUAUAGAAUACUUUUAUUUUUAUUUCUAUGAAAGAUCUAGUAGCUGGGCAGAUGUUGUUAUAAAGAGGAAGAGGGAAUAACCUGGAAAAUGUUUCUAUCAGUUGAUUGUUUACUUUCAGGAUUAUUCUUAACUACAAGUUAAUUUAAACUUUCCCCCCCUCCCCUCAAAAGAAGGGAUUCUAGGAUAUCAGUUGGUAGAUAAUGUAAUGUUUGUAUGUUAAGAUGUUCAGAUUUAUGUGUGUGUGUGUGUAUAUGUAUGUGUACAUAUACCUAUACACGCAUACACACGUGUGUGUGUGUGCGUGUGUGUGUGUGUAUAAAUAUGUAUUAUGUUUAAUUUGGAGUCUGGAAUAACUCCAGUAUGUGGAUUAGGGAGUAAGAUAUUAUGGAUGAUAAAGCACUAAAUGAAGCAUAAUAUUUAUUUAUGAUAAUACAUAGAUUGUUAAAUUUUAAGUUGCGAUUCUCCAGAAUCAUUUAUGAAGAGACAGACCUUUGGCCUUUCAGGAAAAGACAAAACAAAACAGUUAACACAGCAAGCCUUAAUGACCAUCCCUUUCCUCUGUAAUGCCUGAGGGAGGCAGCCUUGCACAGUGCUCCCAGAUUCUAUUUACUGGUGCCAAGGUCAGCAUUGUUUAACAUUUUCAUCAAAAUUGCAACUAGUCCGAGAUGGUAACUACAUUUCAGUGACUGAAGACACUUUUCCUAUGUGUUCAAUUAGAAACAGCAAUGUUUUAUGUUCUGAGUAUUUUCCAGUAUACUUUUUUAUUGAAGGGUAUGUGCAAAGGUCCUAAGAGAAGGGUGAUUUUGAAAACUUGACGAUGUAAUUUAAGUUACAGGUGUGUAGGGAAUUGAGUGGUAUGUAUAGAAGCUUCAGUCUGGGAAAGGACAUCAGAAGACGUGACAUUUAGCACUUGUGAUUUCUCCUGUAAUAAACAAUGCCAUUUCUUUUGGAGAAAACUUGGUGGCUUUAUAAAAGUUGGUUAUUUUUUUUAAUUUGUUUCAAAAGAAGACUAAUUUGUAUUCUUUUGGGGAACCAGUGCCUUAAUGAAUCUGUAUAUACUGUAAUUAUUCAGAAAUAGGGAACAAACAGUUAUAUUGUAUUUGGUACAAAUUGUAUAUGGCUUUGUUUUAACAUUCCCCCCAAAUAAAAUGGUCUCAUUCUCCCCAUGGAAAGAA